AUUGGUAAAAAUCCAAGAUGGCGAGGUUGCGCUUUCCCGGGCGACCAGGUUUCAGAUUCGGCCGAAAGGGUGUGCGUUAUGGAAAGGAUGAGUCUCGAAAGACAGAAGAUGCAACAUUGAAGCUUGUAGCUAAUAUCCACCGUGGCUUGCGCUGCUUUUAUGAGCUCUUUGGUGACUCAGACACGGAUGAAGAUGCAACAUUUGAAGGAUUCACUGCCCGGCAGCGCAAUGAAGUUAAAAAGAGGUUAUCAACAGUUAAUGAAAAUCUUGAAAAACUACGCCAAAGUCUAUUCAGACAAAAGCAACCAAUCAAAAGACAAGCAAGUAGUGACUUCGCCAAUCUUCCAGUUUCUCAGAAAAAGAUCGCAGCAAAGACUUCUUACAAGCAUCUUGUAGACCAAGGUUUAGUAAAACCAUUAAAAACUCACAAUUUGAAAACUGUAAGUAAGAAACCGGGACACUUUUUACCAGUGAAAGGGUCAAAAUUUAAGGUAUGUCUUCAGGGCAGUGCAAAGCAGUUAGUGAAAAGUGGAAAAUCAUUGGAUGUGGAUUUAUCAAGCAGCGAUAAAGAUUCUUCAGAUGAAAGUGAUGAUGAACCAUUAAGUAGAAAAAAAGUUGUUCACAAAGCCAAACAACAUGGGAAGAAAACUGCUGGGAAAGAUGUUGCUAGGGCGCUUCUUAAAUCUGUCAAGGAAAAACAGAAACUUGCAGCAAAAGCUUCAACCAAAACAACGGAAAAAGGAACUAAAACAAAUAAAACAGAAAAAAAAGAAUUUGGAAAGACAAAAGUCAGGCAACUUCUUAAAAAGGCAAAAUAUGGCAAAACACAAAAGAAGAAGUUGGUUCCAGUUACACCCCCUGAGAAAAAAUCUCCAAGAUCUACAAAAUCCUCUCCUGCAUCCACCCCACGGAUCACUCCCAAAAAACAGUUUGUGCUGCCAACAAAAUCAGCAAGGUCUUCGCGUGUUAUCAAACCAAACAAACGGCUGCUGGAGGAAGAUGACUUUGAAGAUUAUAGGCAGCUGAAGUUGCCACGCACAAAAUCGUCAGGUAUGCCCGAUUUUACCUCUCUCAGUUCCGGGACAGCUGGUGAUGCUAGAGGUGGUGUGGACGCUGACCUUGAAAAGGGGUCGUUGUUUGGAGGUUUGGAUUCGUUAGUGCCUCCCCCUGUGCUUUCCACAGAUCCAAAAUCGGGACUCUUUGAAAAACCACUUGUCAUGGAAGGGAAAAGAGAACGUAAACCCAGCUAUAUUAUGUUACUUAAGCUCUCGGAACAGGAACAAAAGAGAACGUUAGAAAAGCGGAUGAAGAUUGAGGAAGCCAAACAAAAGCAACAUGGUCGGAUGUCCAUGAGAGUUAACCAAUCAGAUCGUGAGAAACUGAAGCAGCUGGAGCGGUCAGCGAAGGCUGCUACUAGGAGUGGUCGGAGUAUUCUUCAGAAGGCGAAAUUACAGCUAAACAGGGCUGUGUUGAAUAAAUCAAAAGCUGCAUUUGCUCAGGGUCUCAAACAGCAGUUAGAAGAAGAAGAAAUAGUAGCAUCCCAGUCUUGCCUAUGUUGUGGUGACAGCAGUAAACAGUUGAUAACUGUUCAGGGACGAAAAGCAUGUCGCAAUUGUGCUCGCUUCUACUUCAAGGUGCUUGAGGGUAAAAGAAGUCUCAAAUGUAUUAAUGGAACUGAUGAUUGUGAUGUGUCCCGGGUGGAUGGUCAGGUACGGUCCUCCUGCAGAGCUUGCCGCCUCCAGAAAUUCACCCAAGGAACAAGAAAGGAGGAUGCUACUCUGAGAGCAUUGGAGAAAAAUUGCAGCAGCAGAGGUGACGCCGCCACUGGGCUGGAGAAAUGGUCGCAGGGCAACUCAGACCCAGUGUGUGUCGUCUGUGGAGAUCAUGUCAAACUCUCUCUGUCUACGACUGAUAAUAUCUACCGCUGUUCAUCUUGCCGCUUCUUCUACUACAACAGAAGCAGCAAAGGAAUAGAUCCAAGUCACCGGAAGUGUCUACAGCAAGGCGACUGUGAAAUACUGAGGAAUAAUGGAGAAUGGGUGACCAAGAGAUGCAUUCCAUGUCGUCUGAACAAGUGUAUAGAGUGGUUUGGAGGGAUAGGAAGGCGGAAAUCUGGAUUCAAAUCCCCGCAGCCUACCAGUGAACAUGUUCUGGAUGGUACUGGAGAAGAGAUGCCAAGCUUUGCCAGUCUGGCUGCUGAGGCUGUUGGUAAAGAAGGCCAAUCUAUACUAGGUGAAGGACAAUCGGUCAUCAGUCCCUCCAGAAGGCUGGAUUUCGGAGACACAGAAGCGGAGGUUGCUGAGCCAAUGGCAGAGUCAGCAGAUGGCACUGAGACAACUCCCCUGGUAAAAGGAGGCCCCAGGAUUAAGCAUGUGUGCAGAAAGGCAGCAGUGGCUCUGGGCACACCAGCGAAGUUCCCACUAACCCCUGAACUCCGUCUCAGUGCUCUUCCCAACCUGGAGAAGGCACAGAUACUGAAGGAUGAGGAGAAAGCCAGGGCAGGAGACAGCUCUGACUCUGAUCUUCCAAUGGACGAAAUCAUAUCCAGGUCAGAGGACAAGAAGCAUGAUGUUGUCCAUGUAAAGAAGACCACCCCUGUAAAGUCCUCCCCGCGAAAGAGUCCCCUGGAGAGACGGCAACCUGUGGUGAAAAUACCAGGCAGGCGCAUGAUGCGGUGUAAGAAAUGUCCUGGGUGUCUUACGAAAGAUUGCGGCGCAUGCGUGGCAUGCAGGGACAUGCCAAAGUUUGGAGGAAAGGGUCUAGGAAAGAAGGCUUGUGCCAAACGCAAAUGUGCCAAUCCUAUUUACCCUUAUCAACGCCCAAAAGAGAAGUCCCCUAAAAGAAGUGCAGCAACAGCUUCCUCAACUGUGCGAAACGCAGGGCAUAACUCCGGCCAUAACUCAGACACAGACAGUGUCGUGUCGACUGGAAGCAAAGCUAGCAUUUCGGAACAACUAAUGGCCAGGUUUUCAGCCAAAGAGGUCUUGACACCUCCCACUGACGUGGCUGAGAGGAGGAAUAAGAAGGCAAUGGAUGGGAAGACUGGUGAUGUUCCAGUUCCAGCAGUGUUACAGCAGAAGAGAACUGGCAGGAUGAUUGACAAGACCCAGCGUGACCUUCUGUCUGCAAAGACCGCCAUUAUGCCGGCCUUUCCCACAGCCAGACAGAGGCAGUGGUCAAUCAGUGGGCAGAGCAAGCACAGAAUCAUGGCAGAUUUUAUUGAGAAUUAUGACAUAGAUAUUGCAUGGGAGCGAGGUCUGUCACUAAUUGCAGCAACACCAUUUUGUGUGCGGCUCGUCUGCUUCCUCUGUGGCAGUGCUGGACAGCAUGAUUUAAUUUACUGCAAUAUUUGCUGUGAGCCAUUCCAUCUAUUUUGUCUGGAGGAACAUGAGAAACCAAGCAAAGAUGAACAAGAAAACUGGUUAUGUAGACGAUGUCAGUUCUGCAAUGUGUGUGGUAGAAGGAACAAUCUUUUGCAAUGUGACAAGUGCAACAAUACCUAUCACCCCGAGUGUCUGGGUCCUAACUACCCAACCAAACCAUCUAGGAACAAAAAAAUAUGGGUGUGUACAAAGUGUGUGAAGUGUCGUAGUUGUGGGGCCACAUCGCCAGGAACAACAACAGGUGCUAUGUGGACGCAUGACUUCCAACUCUGCUACGAAUGUGGGAAGCUAAUGGACAAAGGUAAUUACUGUCCUGUGUGUCACAAGUGUUACUCAGACGACGACUGGGAGUCCAAGAUGGUGCAGUGUUCAGGGUGCGAGGCCUGGGUCCAUGCUAAGUGCGAGAACAUGACAGAUGAGGUGUACCAGCUAGUUUCCUAUCUCCCUGAUGACGUGCCCUUCACGUGUCAGAUCUGCACCAAGAGCCGUCCAGCCCAGUGGGAGCAGGCGGUCAUGGCAGAGAGAAUGGCCGGGUUUCAGAUGGUCAUUCAGGCCAUUACGCAGUCCAAGAGUGCCCAGCAUCUCAUGAAUUUUAAGCAUAGUCUAGAAGAGAUGAGUUUAUCUGUAACAGCAGGUACCAGUGAAGAAUACAAAAAUAUUUUCGAAGAAGAACCAGUUGUUCUAGAACACACUACAAGGCUGGGGACCAAAUUUGGGUCGAAGAAAGGUGAAGGUCAUGAAGAAGAACAAAAAGGUGAAGGUCAGGAAGAAAAGAAGGCACCAAUCAUUCACAGUGAAGCACCAGACAAUACGCAAGCCCAGGACAUGUCUCGUGAUGAAGAAAUCAUUGUUAAUGAAGAUCAAAAGCAGAGUAGAGUGACAAGAUCUGGCGUCAAGGGCAGAAAAGCUGAUCAGGAAAGAGAUGUUGAUAUGGCAGCACCUGGUUGUCAUGACACAAAAUCAACAGACAAAUUUAUUGAUAAACAUGUUAGUCAUGUUGAUUUGGAACAUGAUGAACGAGGUGGUAUGGGUUCAGAUACUAAGGAUGAGGAACAUGAAAAGACAUCUGUUGGUCGUGUGACUAGAUCAGGGGUUAAAAUUGUGGCAGAGAAAAGGACAGCAGAGAGUGCUUUGCCAAAAUCUGACAAAAGGACAGGUAGAAGUGAUGUUCAAACAGAAGGCAAAAAUGUUCAGAGCUCUAUGAAUCAAAGUGAUGAGGAUGUGGACAAGACGUCCAACCAAGAAGAUUCUCUACAGGGAGUUGAUGGAGGUGAAAAUAAGAGAGACAAAUCACUACCAGUAGAGGACAGCAGUGUUCAGUUUUCUACCAAAGACAAUCUGGAAGAAGGACAACAUACUUCUUUCACAUCUAACUCAGGGAUGGAAGAUGCCAGUGAAGAUGGCAAGAUUUCAAGUCAAGGGAUUUCCUUUGAAAAUAAAAGUGAUGAAACCACAGAUAUGUCUAAAUUGGGUUCAGUUUCCACUGGUACAGAUGUGGAAAUGGUGGAGCAGACAACAGAAGCUGACAGCACAAUUAACCAAUCAGAAUUACGUUCAGCACAUGAAUCUCAGGAUGAAAAAGAGGCCAGUUUUGGAUUAAAAGCUGAUGAAAGCACAAACUUGUUGGCACUUGUUCAGGCUUCAUCACCUAUAUAUAAAGGUGAGGAAAGCUCAGGCAUUAGUGACCCUAAGUCCCAUAGUUUAGAGAGUGACUCUUCCAGGAAUGAUAAAGGGGGUACUCAGACAAUCCCUAGCUCAGGCCAGAGAUUAUCUUUGACAGAUGUAACAUCUGAAAGCUGCACAAACAUUAACAAUGUUCAAAAAGCAACCAGUGCAAGACAAACAGUCUCCACAUAUGAAGACCAGUUCAUCAGAUUUGCCCUGGGAAGUUCUGAAGGAUCAGCAUUAGCCAAACCAUUACCAGGUGGCAGCAGCAGUACAGGUAAAACAAACAAUCAAGAGGAGCCAGUGCAGCAAGUCGUAUCACAGAAUCAAACUAAAACCUGUGGUGAAACCAUGGACACAACAACAUCAUCACAACAAAAAGAGGAUUCCCUUAGUAUACAGACAGGAGACAAAACAUUGAGUGUUGUAUCACAUGGUGAAGUGGCAGGUGGUCAAGAGGAACAGCAAGAUGAAGACAUCUGGCCAGAGGGCUGCCCACAGGACUUCCAUCAAAUUAAAACCAAACUGACCGAGAACCAAUACAAGACACUGGAGGAGUUCAGUGAUGACAUCAUCAGGAUAAUUCAGGCAGCCAUAAAGAAACAAGACCUGUUACCUGGCUAUGUGAGGAAAGCAAACAACACAGUUCGGUCCAUAUUUGUUAAGCAAAUGGAGAAAUGUUUUCCUUGGUUUAAUGUGAACAAGUCUAAUCUGUGGGGACACAGCAGCAAUCUGCCAGCAGGGAUGCUGCCAGACGCGGUUAUCCCCCCAACUGAUGACCACACCUACGCCCAGUGGCUGGAGAGAGAGGAACACCCCAUUUCACCACAACCCUCUCCCUUUAAGAAGAUGCUCAGGUCACCCACAAAGACUGUAGUGCCCAUUGCCUCCUUGACAGAGAACGCGGGGAACUUUGCCACCAUGAUAACAGAGGUCGACCAGCCCCUGAAGGAGACCAGUGAAUUUUUGGGGGAGGACAACAGAAAAUGUUCCUUCUGUGGUCAGGUUGGAGAUGACACACCAAAUGAUGCAGGCAGACUCCUGUAUGCUGGCCAGGACGACUGGACGCAUGUCAACUGUGCCCUGUGGUCAGCUGAGGUGUUUGAGGAAGUGGACGGGUCACUCCAGAAUGUCCACUCAGCAAUGGCCAGGGGAAGGAUGCUGAAGUGUGAAAGGUGUAAGCAGAGUGGUGCCACUGUUGGGUGCUGUACCAGGGGCUGUCCAGCCAACUACCACUUCAUCUGUGCCAAACAGGCCAACUGCAUCUUCCAGGAGGACAAGAAAGUCUUCUGCUGGGAGCAUAGAUUUCAUUUGGAUGGGGAGGUCGUGAAGAAGGACAAGUUUGCAGUGCUGAGAAGAGCAUGUGUGGACAUGGAGAGCAUACGCUGGACCAAGAAGAAUUGGGUCAAUGGGUUACAACCGGGUGUUUUGAACAUUCUUGUUGGCUCUAUGACAGUUGAAAACCUUGGUAGAUUAUGUCCCAUAUCUGACCUUCAUGAUCUGUUGUUCCCUGUGGAAUUCUGCUGCACCAGAGUGUAUUGGAGCACCAGAGAUGCGCGACGCAGGUGUAUUUACACGUGUAGGAUAAUUGAGGUCCAACCUACGGAAGACAAUGCUGCAGAUAUCAUCAUGCAAGAUAUGACCAUUGUCCAUGAUGAGACUCAUCCACAGUAUGACGCCAAAGCCGUGGAGUCAUUUAGUCAAUUGAGCACAUGCUCAACAAAACCUGUUCAUGCUGGUGCACCAUCAGUUGUCAAAGAACAGCAGUCUAAGCCAUCAUUUGUCUCCAAUUCUCAACACUUGGAAGACACAGGCGACGUGGAAAAGUCUGACAGGGGGCCUCGUGCCAAGAAGUUGAAACGAAGUGUCAGUUUGCCAGAGGGAGCCAUGGGUAGUCCUCAGUGGGGGAACAUUGCCAGCACCGGUCUUGGUCAAUCUUGGCCCAAAGCACAGACACCCACCACAGUUGAUCUCUCUGUGCUGUCUCCCAAGACAUUAAAGUUAUUGAAUCUUGACCCUGGAAAGGUGGUUCCAGUUGUCACCUCUCCUCAACUAGAGGAUCAUAAGCUGGCCAACCUGAGGAAGUUCACCAAACGCCUUAAUGUUGCAGCCAAUAAAAACCUGAAAAGAAAUGAGAAGCUUUGGGAGAAGCAAAUUGCAUCAGGGGAGAGUGACACUGAUAUAUCAACUGAAACUCCUGGCUUGCCUGUUCGUGACUAUAGAAAGGUGGAUGACAAGGGUGUGGUCGAAAUGGAAAGGACUGAUGAAUCAGAAAUUGACCAUCAAUCAGACUCAAAACCAGUUGAGAAGACAGAAACAUUAAGCCAGGUGACAGAGGAUAACAGUGUUGCAGAUUCACAUUUAGACAAUUUAGAAGUUGAAUUGCAGAGAGCUAAUGACUCUGACAUUUCAGCAGAUUUAAUCAAUAGGUCUGAAGAUUCUGUUGAAGAUAUACAUACAAAAGAAUCAGAUGCAUCUCAAACGGAAUCUCUGCCCCCAACAAACACAGCAGAAUGUGAAGACCUGGUACCCAUGGAAAUGGACAUGGAUAAGACUGUUCCAACCUCCAGUUUAGAAGAAGAAGACACCAUAGCUAUAGAAGUUGAAAGCAAUAGGGGUACCAUAAUCAUAUACCGUGACGAAACUGAAGAACAGAACACUGAAAAUGACAACAAAGAAGCUACUGUGAUUGUUCUUGAUGAAAAAGGAGAAGUGGUGGAAGUCACAAAGCAGCCAGUUAGUUUAGAUGAUGACCUAGAUGCAAACCAACAGGAACUAGAAAAAUCCUCCAACAAAGAGGAGUUUUCAAAUGUCAAGGAUGCCCCACAAGUAAACGCUACUAUUUGUUCAGUAGAACAACACCAUAAUUCUGACCUCUCUGCUGCAGCGUGCUCAACUCAGAGUGAAAUCAAAGAUGGAUUAUUGGAUGAAAUAGAAGUCCCCACAAAGCAAUCAACUGAGACAAUUCAAGCUGAGGAUGGUAUUCAAAAGCAGUUUUCAGGAAACAAUGGACAGAAUGUUAGAGUGGCAGAAAAGGCAAAUGAUAGUUGUAGUCAGAUUCAGGUGGAAGAGAAAGCAAACAAUGAAACAGUUCUUACAGAAGAAAACAAAAAUCAAGAAAUCAGCUAUUCUUCUGAUUCAUGUCCAGUCACAGGCAGAAGCAAUAAAGAAAAGGAUGGUGAUGCUGAAGAUGAUGACAUCAUUUGUGAAAAAGUUGUCCCUCCUCCAACUGCUUGUUUUCCAGUAUCAGGAACAAACUUGCUACAAAGUGGUGUCCAGAUGGAGCCAUUUCAGCCACCUUUUACGACACAGUUGAUGGUUUCUAGAUCUUCACAGCCAGAGGUCAUCCCACAGCCAAUUCCAUCACUUAAAUCCCCUGCCCCAGAUCAGUUUAGUAAUCAGCUUACACACCAGUCUGAUGAAAAAUCAAUCAGAGAAUUACUGGUGCCAACAGUGGUGUCUGAGGCAAUGGAGCAGACUUCAGAAGAUGACUAUCUCAAGAGUUUUAAAAGUGCUGGAAAAUCUAAUAAGGCCCAGCAUGACAUCAAGCAAAAUAAGACCAAGAGUUCUGUACCCAAAAGUCCCUCUGGAAGUAAGCCAUUUGAUAAACAACAGGCAAUUAGUCCUAGUAGAGGGGGAGCAGCAAGGAAAAACAGCUUUUCUCAAAGUUUUGAUUGUCCAUACUCUUCUUCUUCCAGUAGCUCCCUCUCCAGGCAAGAUAGUGGAGAGUCAGUGCGGGAGAUAUUGCGUAACAGUAUAAUUGGAAGACAAAAUUCCCAGCCAAACUCACCAGCACGCUCUGAUUCUUCUCUUAAAGCAUCACCAAAGUCCUCACCAUUGGGGGCCAAAGCAAGUCGUGAAAACGAUCCCAAGCAGAUGAAUGCCAAAAAGAAAAUCAGUCUAGACCAAAGAAAAUCACCAGUGACCAGUUGUCCAGGCAGUGCCAGUGAAAUGCUGUCAACCAUUGCUGCCUUACACCAUUCAACCAGUGUGAUGACCCAGGCACACACAGCACCCUUGGAACAAACUCAAAGCUUAAUGAAUCAGCCACCUGCUUCUAUGGUCCAGCACAUUCCGGUGAAUUCUGUCCACACACCACUUGAUGUAAUGCAGUCUCAGAUGCCUUUAAUGCAGACAGCCAUGCCUGUUGUAAGGCAGCCCCCAUUACCUGUUCUCCAGCCAUCCCCACUGCCUUUAAUACAGCAGCCACGUGCGUCAGCCCAUAUGGGUCUACCUCAAGCACCCGUCACUGGCUCUAUAGGUCUGCCUUCACUGACCCCACCAGGUCUUCUCCCCAUGCCAGUUUUGAUGCCAGCAAUGCCAUGCCCAGUCAUGGUUCCACCUGCAGGUGCUUUCCCGGCCAUGUCAAAUGCCUUACCUCCACCUGUGGUCACUGGCAUACUGGCUCCCAUUGUGAGAGGUGCCCAGACUGGUAGUACCACUGCUGGAGGAAACAUGCCCCCUGUGGUAGAUUUGACAGAAGACAUGGAACCUGCACAGCAGGAGUCAACUUGUGAUCAAAAACCAAUAGUAACACUUCCUGAGCAAGGUGCCUUGUUGUCCAGUGGAAAUCGGAAUUUAAACAGAAAUGAUGAAAAAAUGGAUGAUAAACCAGCAAUUUAUUCUUCUCAACCUACAAUGAGCAGAGAGAAUAGUAAAGCAAAGGCAGCCCCUGAUGAAUCUGUGGACCGUGUGGUAGAAGAUGUGAAAUCAGUAAUGGUUGAGUUGCUUGAUAAAGUAGUAGCUACAGUAGACAGAUGUAUGCCCUCUGAGCCUAAUCAGCUGAGUAACAGCGACACAUCUAAAAGCACUCCCGUCAUUGAUAAUAGGACAGCAUGUAACCCUCAACUUGGGGUACUUAUUGGAUACAAAGUACCAUUAAAGAGCAUGCAUACAAAGGUCCCUUCUGAAGCUGAAAGGAAGCUGAAGGAAGCUGAAAUAAUUACUCAAGCAAAAGAUGGAUAUUCAAGUGAAGAUCAGCACACAGAUGGUCAAGUCCUGAGCGAUGACUCUCUAGGCAGUCCCAGAAGUCCUCUUAGUCCCAGCAGCGGGAGAAGAAGCAAGAAGGGUCAAAAUUUGGUCGGAUUGAAGUCUUACCCACUUAGAAGGACUGCUGGCAGAUUGGCAGAACAUGCCAUGUCUAGGGACAAAUUGGCAAAGAUAUGUCGUGAAAGUGAACAAAAGAAAUUAGAUGAGAAGAAAGCACUUCUUGAUGAGAGUGCCAAGGGUAAAUUUUCAUCCGAAGAGACCUUAGCAGUCAUUCAUUCUGACAAAAAUAAAGAUGGGCUAUUCAGUGGCUAUGAAAAAACGGCACAAUCUGGAGAUGAUGAGACUCUUGGCAAGGACAGUAAUGAUACAUAUCCACAAGCAAAAGUCAUUUUGGAGAAACUGAACAAAUCCCAUGUGCGGAGACUAUCCCAGGAAGGAAUCGAAUUUAAUGAAGAAUUACCUCUUCAUGAUAAAAUAGCUCUUCAGAUAAAGCUAAAAAGUUUGGAGCACAUUGAAGAAGAUGGAGGUCCCUACCGCUGCUCCAAUUGCAAAAGAAUGUACAGAACUAAGGAAAGCUUUGGACGUCAUGAAAAGGAUUGUACGGAUGUAGUCAGUUCUAGCACUGAUGAGAGUGACAAUGAUGAUGUUGAUAUGCCUGAUCAUAUUAAAGACUCUUCAGUUGAAGCAUUGCCAUUAGUGAAAAAGCCUGGACGAGGACGUCCAAGAAAAGCACAUGUUGAGGAGAAGAUUCAGGUAGACCCCUCUGAAUUGCAUAAUGAAAAAGAUGAUGAUGAUGAACACGAAGAAGUCAAGAAAUUACAUAGGAGGCCAGGUAGGCCAAGGAAAUCUAUCCCACUGGACUUGAAUACAAACAAAGAUGAAGAAGAUAAAGAAGAGCAGUCCACAGAGGAAACACCAAAAAGACGUGGAAGACCUCCCAAACUAAAGCAAAUCACAGAAAUUGCUUCCAAAUCAACUCCGUCACAACUACCUGUCCCACUUACUCAAAAAGUAUUGAACAACCCUCCCAAGAAGAAAAGAGGAAGGCCACGAAUUAAACCUCUACCAGAAGAGACAAGAGAGGAUUCUUAUUCUGAAAGCAGUGAUGAAGGUUUAUCUGAGGUUUGUGGAUCUGAUGAUGGGCAAGGGAGGAUGCUUCGCAGAAGGAGAAGAAGCCUGAAUCUUGAGCAUGACAACACACCCAGCAUGGAAGAAAACAAAGAUUUAGAUCAUAAAGUAGCAGGCAGUCCAGAGACUGAAAAGAAGACUUCUGACUCUCAAGAAGGUAAUCCAGUUAAGAAAAGAGGAAGACCAAGAAAGUAUCCUUUACUGGAUUCUUUGUCAGAUGAUGAAAAUGAAUCUGCUCGAGAAAAUGUACACAAAACACCACAAAUUUUAGAAGCUGACCAACCUUCAGAUGGGUCUCUGCAACAGAGUGUGAAGAGAGGCCGAGGUCGACCAAGAAAAUACCUUGAGCAAAAUAUAUUGGCAAAAGAUGGUGAUGAUGAAUCUGAUCUAGUUUCAGAGAGCACAUCACUUUCACAGAGGAAGAAGGAUGUAUCACCUUCAAAAAGAGCUGUUGGACGGCCAAGGAAGUAUCCUUUGCAAGAGAGAAUUCAUGCUUUUAAGAGUGACGGGUCUGAUGGCAGUGAGGCUGAUUGCAGCUCUCAACAACUAAGGAAAAACUUGAAAGAUCUAGGCAGUAAGGACCAGAACAGUGAAAUUGAUUUUGGUGAGGAUGAUUCUGGGUCACCCACAAGGAGAAGCAAGGGCAGAGCAUGCAAGUUUUCAUAUGGCAGCAUGGGGAAGUACACCAAAGCCAAAGAGCAAACCAAAGAAAGGAAACCAAAAGGACUAGAUGUGUCACUUUCCAAACAAAAUCCAGAUGAUGUAAAAACUGUAGGCUCAAAAUACCCACUCCGUAGAGCAAGGGAAAACUCCAUUAAAAUGGUUCCAAAUCAGAAGGUAAUGAAAGCGGUUAAACAUUUGAAUGAUGCACUUAGUGGUGAUGAAAGUGAUAAUGACAUGGCAUCCAUUGAGAUUGAUAACGACUCUGGUCAAGAUUCGGAUGGGUCAAUUCAAUUAAAAUUCAAUCCAAAAAGAUUAACAAGGACUUAUGAAGGUAAGGGUUCUAAGAGAAUUGAGAGUUUUGGGGAAAUUUCAGCACAAAGGCAUACUGAGGAUACGGACACAAGUUUUGGAGAUGACAAUACUGAAAGAGGCAGUCUGACUGUAGGGAAGGGGAUGAAGGAGGAGGAAUGGCUCUCUGUCAUAAAUUCUUCCAAAGAAAUCUCCAAAAUUAAGGUGCCACAACAGCAGAGUGAUCUUCAAGAGACUACAGCUGAAGAUGUCUCAGUUUCUCUCUCUCAACCAAAAAACAAGGACAGUGCUUUGACUUUGAGAGGUUUUGAAAAAGAUGUACCUUUCAAAAAUCCAAAUUCUAACCAAGGAAAAAAGGUGGAAACAAAGAAGAGGUCCCAUUCCAGUAGUGAUGACAUUGAGAUGAAGCGAGGCGAGUCUAGUUCAGAGAGUGAUGUACCUCUAGAGUCGGAAUCGAUUAUUGCCUCAAAUAUUCAAACAUCUACCGUCUCUGCAGUGAACACUUUAGCAUCAGACAUACAAUGCAGUAUUGGUGGGGUAGCUUCUAACCCUGUUUCUACUUCAAUUACAACAGCCAAUACAUUGAUGAAGACAUCAGAAGGGACACAACAGCUACCUGAUGCUGCAGAUAUCUCAACAGUUGAGGAUGGAAGUGAUGUCCAGAAAUCUACCCAUAGCUCUCCAGAGAAAGACAAUGAUCCAAAAGCGCUUGCUUUAUUUGAUCCAGAAUUUGGGACUCUUAAGGACAGUGCUUCUCCUGAUGCUGAAAUUCUGAGGGAACCAGCCAUGAGACCAAGAUUGGAGAAACAAUCUGAGCAUGAAUUAAAGCAAGAUGCCCCAAAGUCAAAGCAGCCAACAGGCGAAUUGAAACAAAUUAAAUCUAAUGAGUUUGUCUUUCAGCUUAUUCCUCCCAGCAAACUUGGUUCUGGAGACUCUGCCCCACUGUUGAAGCUAAUUAAAAAUCCUAUACCUCAAGCUAUCCCUAGAAAAGAGAAGCAAAUGCCACAAAAACAGAACAACCCAGGGACCCAUAAAAUUCAGAACAUAUCAUGUGGGAACUCCCAGAGCCUAACAGGCAAACAAGGUCCUCAUAUUAAAGUUAUUCAGGGUUCUCAUUUGUCAGGAGACAUCCCUAGAGUGCCCAACUCUUCGAUAAACAGCCAGUUACCAGCCUCGUUACAGAAUUUGGUGGCACAAGUCCAGCCUAAGCAAACUGCAGGAACACUCCCCAGUAACCAGUCCGGGUUGCCUUCCAGUCGGUCAAUUUCGAUGCAUCCACAAGCAAGGCCACCUGCUCCUAGUACCAUACAGACCCCAUCUGCCUCAUCGCAACUUAAAAUGCUAAUCAACAAAGCAUCCAAUUUUGCAUCCCCACAGAAUGAACUGCUCAUCACAAACUCUUUAGGAAAUACAAUGCUUGCUCAGAAGAGCAACCUGGAAACCCCAGUGCUCACUCAGGACAUGACAGACAUGAUGAAAAGUGGACAGCUCCAUUACGUUGGCUCUCUCUGUGUUGAAGGAGAAGGAGAUGCGACAGGUGCUUUGGAAGUAGCCCCAGGUAUUUUAAAGGGGGUCGUGAAUAAAACCCAGCGACCUAAGAUGAUUGUCAAGAGGGUCAUCAUGCCGUCUGGGAUGUCCACUUCCAGUGCUAUUUCGUCCAUCCCACUGCAAACCAGUUCUAGUGUGUCGGCCAUUUCUUCUAUUUCCCAGGUUCCGGUUACUUCUAAUUCCAAUCCUUUGUUGUCCAUAUCCUCGGGAAUGAAUACACCAACUGUUCAGAGUGUUUCCGGAGGAUUGUUGUCUGGAAGGAAGAAUACCCACACAAUUCCUAUGCAUGCAGGGGAGAUAAGGAGGAGAAUCAUCAAGAUGAAGUCUCCACAGGACAAGUCGGUGUCUGUGGUUUACCGAAAUCAACUGGCGCCCCCUUCACAAGUUAUAUUGCCACACCAGUCAGGGCUUAUGUCUCAAAUAGAUUCGCAGAUGGUGAAGUCCUUGCCUAGCACGGAUCUUUCUCAGCAGCCUGCAUUUAAUGCUCAAGGUCAAGGCCUAGGUCAUGGUUUAGGUCAAGGUCAAAGUUUAGGUCAUCAGGUUCAAGGGGUCAGCAGCAUACAAGUGAACCAACAGUUUUCUUCAGGUUCCCAAGUAUUUUCAGUGGGACAAUACAGUUUGUUAUCAACACCAGCAGGGUAUACUUUGUCAUCUACCCCAAGCCCUUCUCAACAUGCAACCAGUUACCACCAAGGCAUUCAGACGUUUGGCAGUUUGCCCCUGCCUACAAGACCAGUGCCUAGUGUAGGGACCACACAUGCUGGAUCACAACUGCACGCUACUGAACAUGGCUAUGGUCGUCGUACUCCUAGCAUCUUGUCCAGGAAAAGACCGUCUAAUAUGCCUAUUGCAGGCCAGCAAGACCCCUCAAAGAAAAGGAUGAUUGUUGCAAAUGAUGGCGCCAGCAACAAUGUGUUCUCCACCAAAGGUCAAGGGCAGAUUCCAAAAUCUUUAGCUGAUUAUGUCGGAGAGACCGUUAGAAUUCAGACGCCUAUGGGGAUUCAGGAAAUCUAUGUCAAAAAUGUACAACCAAAGAAAAUCUCAGCAUCUGACAGCCCUUCUGCUAAGUCACCCAUAUUAGCCCAGUUGGUGAACCAAACAGAAAAAAGUAUAGGGAUAAGCAUGACUUAUUUCAACAAGCCAAAACCUGUGACAAAGCCUACUGAAGGAGAAUCUGCUCUACCUAAACCACAGAAGCUCAGCAAGCCUUCCAGUCCUAAGACCAACAGGUUAGCAGGUCAGCCAAGGUCACCUCGUAAGGGAACCAAAAAGAGGCCAAGGAAGGAAAACUUAAAGAAGUCAUUGCUUCAAGAUGGUGGUGCCAUUUCAGGCCAUCCUAUCCUUCACCCUCAUCACCAACCCAUAACAGUCCCCACGCCAGAGAAUGAGGAAGAGGUGUCGGACUCUCCAAUCCUCACUCUUUUAGAACACGAGGAGAAGAUGAGACGGGAGGCCCUGCAGGCAAAAAGGAACUCCCCGUACUUCAUGUUUGAAAUCACCAGUGAUGAUGGAUUUAAGGUGCAGGCACCUACAUGGGAAGAGGCAUGGAAAGCUGUAGUUGAUAAGGUACAGGAUGCCAGAACACAAGCCAGGAUGAAGCAGCUGUCAUAUGCAGGCAUUGAUGGUCUGAGCAUGUUUGGACUGAAUCAUGACGCCAUAGUGUACCUGAUAGAGCAGCUGUAUGGAGCCCAGUACUGCAGAAACUAUAGGUUCAAAUACCAUGAAUAUGACACGAGUCAAGUCGAAGAGGAACCUCCUCUUAAUCCCUCUGGUAGUGCGAGAUCAGAGCCUUACAGUGGGGAACGUAAGCCCUAUGACAUGUUCAGUUUCCUGAUGUCCAAGCACAAAAAAUUACCAGAUUUCAAAGAGAACGCAAAGGACAUGGAUUUGACACAUAAAUCUUCAAGAAGAGCUACCAGUCUCUCCAUUCCAAUGGCAAUGAGGUUCAGACACCUGAGGGAGCAUGCUAAUGAAGCUGUGGGAGCAUACAGAUCUCAGAUCCAUGGGCGUGGUUUGUUCUGCAAGCGUGACAUAGACGAUGGUGAGAUGGUGGUAGAGUACGCUGGCGAGGUCAUCCGGUCAGUUCUGACUGACCAGAGGGAGAGAUAUUAUGAGAGCAAGGGCAUAGGCUGCUACAUGUUCCGUAUUGAUGACUUUGAUGUGGUAGAUGCCACUGUGCAUGGCAAUGCUGCCAGGUUCAUCAACCAUUCCUGUGAUCCAAAUUGUUAUUCCAAAGUAAUCAAUGUGGAUGGAAAGAAACACAUUGUCAUCUUUGCACUCCGACCAAUCAAGGCUGGGGAAGAGCUUACCUACGACUACAAGUUCCCUUAUGAAGAGGUGAAAAUCCCCUGCACCUGUGCCUCAAAGAAAUGCAGGAAAUAUUUGAACUAG